GCUCAAAUAUUGACUUCGCGAUUGUGCGUGGUGUCGCAAGCGAGUCGUGCAGUAGACGGCGAUGCUCUUUUAAAAAGCGAGUUCUUGCGAGUGAUAAGUCAAGUGCUGUCGAUUGAAGAAUUGAUAAUCGGAAUAUCCUGGAAACAGGAAAUAAAGAAGAUGUUACUAGCGGCUAGUGCUGUGUUUUUUGGAUUGACCCUCGGUCUCUCCCACGCGAGUAACUCGGUACUCGAGUCGACACCGAGUUCUUUCAACAAUCAUGGAGCUCCCCGAUUGGAUUUGGAUAGUCCAGAAAGUGGAUACCACGGCUUGGUGAAGGAAAAUGAAACUUUGGUCGAGGUCACACCACAAAUACGAGCUAUAGGUGCUAAAGUCUGCUCCUUCCGUAUCGCGAACAAACACCAUGGCGAAGCGCCCUUCGAGAUUGUUUUGAAAGAGAAAGGAAUGGCAGAACUGAGGGCGCUGCGAGUUCUGAACUGCGAGAAACGGCGUAAUUACAAGUUUGAUAUCGAAGCUGUUGGCUGCAAUGGAUCAUUAUCGGAAAAUGCCACGGUGCAUAUUACUGUAGUGGAUGUGAAUGAAUAUGCACCACAGUUUCUACAACCGGCCUAUGUCAGUACCGUAGACGAAGGACGCCUAUACGAAGAAGUUGUCCGUGUCGAGGCAUCCGAUAGAGAUUGCACCCCAAAAUUCGGUGAUGUAUGCAAGUAUGAAAUUUUGACAGCUGAUCAACCAUUCAUCAUCGACAAUGAAGGAGCGAUACGCAACACUGAGCCAUUGGAUUACGAGCGAUCUCACAAUUACAUCUUAAGCGUGGUAGCGUACGAUUGUGGUAUGAAGCAAUCCGCACCAGCUAUGGUCACCGUUAAAGUCAAUCGUGUUUGCGCGCCUGGCUGGAGAGGAAUUCCAGAAAGAGUUGAUUAUGCCGCUGGCGUAGGUUCUCAACCUUUGCUUCCUUCCGCCAGGCUAGAUCUUUGCGAUGCUCCCUGUAUAUUACGUAAUGUUCGAGCCACUUUAACUCUUGCCACGGACCAUAUAGGGAAAGGUUGUGAUCGUGAUACUUACGGUGUGCGCAGCCAACGUAAGUUAUGCGGUGCAUCUCGCGAUAGCGUAGAUUUAUUGCCAACACCUGGGCCUACUACUUCCUGGACGGCAUCUUUGUCUCGAGACGAAGGCAGAGAAGCGGACGAAAUUUUUGAGUUCGAUGGGGUAGAUUCAGCUGCUAUUGUACCUAAUGAUGUGCUUGAGCAUACUCUAGCACAGAAAUUUACGAUUGGAGUUUGGGUGAAACAUCGACCUCGUCCUAGACAAGACCCUCAUGUUAAAGAGCAUAUUUUGUGCGCUGCCGAUGAUCACAAAAUGAAUAGACAUCAUUAUGCCCUGUUUAUUAGAAACUGCAGACUGAUUUUACUACUUAGACGCGAUUUCUCAGAGGGUGAUCCUAAUAUCUUCCGGCCUGCCGAAUGGCGUUGGAAACUAAGUCAAGUAUGCGAUGAUAAGUGGCAUCAUUAUGCCGUUCAAGUCGAAUUUCCCCAUGUGACCUUAUUCGUUGAUGGAGAAGAGUGGCACACGGAUGAGAAGAAUCCUGAAGUUAUCGAUGAUUGGCCACUGCACCCUGCGAAAGGUGUUAACACGACACUCGUUGUUGGCGCAUGCUGGCAAGGUUCCGACAAUAAGACGAAACAUCAUUUCCGUGGCUAUCUGGCUGGAUUAUCAGUACUAGUUGGACGGACCGAGAAACCAGACGUGUUGUCCUGUUUGCGCCGUUGCCAGGAAGGUAUUCACGUGCCAUCAAUGGAUUUGCUCCAACCAGGGACCCAAUUGCUCACCAAUUCCGACCUAACAGAGGUACGAAUCGAUGGAGAUAACCGUACUAAUGUUGAAACGCUUCUCCGUCGCAUAGGUUAUUCCAAUUCGAGACGAUUCCCUACUCCAGGCCGUCGUAACUUCCGUUUAGAAACUACGAUCGUCUGCGAAGGUAGUGAAAAUAAUCCCCUCCCGGUACCAACCGUUCAAUCAUACGUCACAGUUCUACCACCGCCCCGUCCCGGUAUUACUGUCAACGGUACUGGCUACGUGGCCAGAGAAUACGCAGAUUUUCGCCUAGGUGUACGUGUAUUUCCAGACACUCGUGUCACUGCCGGCUCUGCUGCCAGAUUAGAUGCAUGCGCGGUCAGUGUUUAUCCAAGUCUCAAUCCUGAUCAUGAAAGUUUAGGUUUACCAGGCGAUGCUCUGCGUAGAUUCCGUUCUAUUACCGCGCGUGUAGAUCGGGAUGGUGUUGUUCUCUCAGGCGCUGACACACCUUAUAAUUAUCAGCAAUUAAUACGUCUUAUAAUGUAUACAAAUCGCAAGCCAGCUUAUUAUCUCGAUCGUGUAUUUAAAUUGACUUGUUCCGAGCUUAGCGGCCGUUUUGCAAGCAACGAAUACGUACAAACACUUGCCGUUAUUCAUCCAAAAGAGAAAACUACUGUUCUUCCUCAUUCUACUCCUGACGAACCACCGAUUGCAAGAAUUUUGGAACCAGCACCUGGACAUGCGCAAUUGUCUCCUCAUCAUGCAGAUUUACCCGAAGAGUACGCAACAGCUGCGCUUCGUGAAGGAAAUAGAAGCAUCGGAGGUGCGAGUAGCAGUCAUGCAGUUACGAUUGUUGCAGUUGCCUGCAUCUGCUUCUUGGUUUUAAUGGCGGUGGUAGGAGCCGCAAGAGUUAGAGGAGCUGCGAAAAGACGACCAUCCGCUGGAGAUGAAUUAGCUGCUGAAACUGAAAUGGCUUGGGACGAUUCUGCACUUGCUAUCACCGUGAAUCCAAUGGAAAGGCUCACAGAACAUGAUCCUCAUCAUCAAAGUCAGAGAGAUGAGGAUGUGGAUGAUUCAGGAAGUUCAGACUCGGAAGAUGGAUCGUACAGAGAUGAUGAUUUAGACAGUUCUGAUUGCGAAAAUGAUUGCGAGAUAAACAAUGGACGACAUCGCCGUCACACUUCACCUCACGAUUUGGAAUGGGAUCAUCGUGAUGUCUAAAUUAUUAUCCCUCUGCAUUCAUCCCCUUUCUUCAUAUGGUAAUUAAGCGGAGUACUAACUUAUAUUGUUUUUCAUUUAAUCCCUUUCAAAUAAUAAUUAUUGUUUCUUUUUUAAUGACGCUUCGUAAUGCAUUGCAGAAUGUACGUUGUUCUAAAGCGAGUUCUGAUUAUAUGAAUUAUACUUCAACUAUUUUCAUAAUAUUCAUGAAUUGAAACUUUUUGGAACUUCGAUGCGUCUUUUGAAGAACAUAUUAACAUUUUCGGUAAUUAAUCCGAUAUUCCUAUGAAUAAAUACGAAAGCGUCGUAUUAUAUCCGUCCCCAUAGAUGAAUGACAUAUUGGUAAUUGUAAAAUGUUAAUAAUUAGUAGUUAGUACUCUCCUUAAAAGCCAACAAAAUUUGUAAGAGAGUGCGGGACGCUUUAUUGAAUAGUUAAAACACUUUUUAUCUACAACAUGCCAUAAUGUUGAUAGAU